UGUGACAUUUUUAGUAAAAGGAUGGAAUGGAAACACUGAUGUUCUUUCGAGCAAACAACAAAGUGGCAGCAGAGGAAAUGAUGUAUUUCGUAUCAUAGCAAGACAGCAUUUCGACAAAAUUUAAUUCCUAAACAAACUUUAAAUAAAACAAAAAAUUAUUCAAGUUACAAAUCCACGAAGAUAUAGUUAUAAUAUCGGAUACAUUAAGAAAUUGAGAGUUAACAGCAAAUAUUACCAAUUUUAUUUUCAAGUUUGUGAUAAAAAGAUUAAUAUGAAAUGGUUGAAAUGUGGAAGUAUUAUUGGCUUAAGUUCAUUUAGCGUUUUUCGACUCCUGGUUUUUCAUCUUCACGUUGAAAGGCGGAACGUGGUUUUUCCCAAAUGAAAUUGUGAUAAGCAAAGCAGUUGGAAAAAAUGCUAUACAGGCAUAAAUGAUGAUUUGCAAAUGAUUAAGAAAAUUAAAAAAAAAUAUUGUUUAAUAAGAAAUUUGUUGAUUGCUGACUCCAUUUUAUUGAAAACGUACGUAAAACAGUGCUGUGCUGUGCUGUAAUCGACAACAGGUUUUUAUAAAAACAGUUGCACAAAAAAGUGAAAGCACGAAAGUUAAAUAAAUUAUAAGAUACGGAAUGCAAUUUCAUUUUCUCAGGUCCACUUUGGUUGCCAAGUUCUAGGUUAAGUAGUGGAGCGAACUUUUCAUGGUUUGUUAUUUGACAAAGCAAAAUGGCACGAGGUCAUCAGAAGAUACAAUCGCAGGCAAAAGCGCAGGAAAAGCAACAGAAAAUGAAGAAGCAGCAAGGACACAAUGCGAACGAGCAAAAGAAGGCAGCACAAAAGGCGCUUGUUCAUGUUUGUGCAGUUUGCAAGUCCCAGAUGCCCGAUCCAAAAACGUACAAGCAGCAUUUUGAAAACAAACAUCCCAAAAAUGAUAUGCCACCAGAGCUCAAGGAUGUCUAAGACCAACCCAUUCUAAUUAUUG